UCGCUUCGAUGCGGAGGGCGGAUACGUGCGCAGACCGCACCACAGCGCGCACUCGCUGCGUGCUCAGUACAAUUGUCGCCUUGGUUGCGUACGCGCACGCCUCUACCAAUGCAUGACAUCGCGCCGCGCGCUUUUCAAACUGUGCGCAUGACGACUUACGCGUAUUGUCUGAUGUCGAACGGUCCCUGAAAUCCCAUUUGAAUCUAAACUGUUUUAAUGACACUGAUAACGUAACGUUCAAUGACAAAUGUUGUGAUACACGUAAAGAAUGUUGGAUGCUGUGGUGUGAGCAUGCGCAACAGUGGGCUCGGCGACGUCGGUGCUUGCCGGGCGGGCACAAUGAACGCGUCAGUGAAUUGGCACAAAUGGCUAGUGUUGUCGGUGCUCGGAUUGGCUUUGUCCGCUCGCUCAAUUGGCUGCGAUUACAGCUCCAUCACCGAGAAAUUUGGAGCGGAAGCCGUCACACGAUGUAAUGAAAAAUGCCCGUUUCAGCAGAAUCGAACUGGAGAUGGGCAUUUCGACGUGACCUGUGCAUCAGAUUGCUAUGUCCAACAAUGCAAAUUGGGUUGCAGUCUUUGGCGAGAAGGAUUAGAACAUUCAUGUCAAAUAGUUUGCAACGUCACAUCAGAGACGGUAUUUUCGCGUGAACUCUACUGCGUAAUGGGAUGUAAUGAAGCUUUAAAUACAUAUUUUCAACAAUUAAGAGAAUUGAUCGGUACUCCGCCGGCGCCGGCGCUGGUCGCGGAUAGUCUAACGGCCACAUCUUUAUCACUUCUAUGGGAGACUCCAAAUAUAGGCAACAUGACCUAUUUGGUGCAAUGGCGUUACGAAGAAUUGUCGGGCACUUGGCAAUAUUACUCCAAUACUAGUCACACUGAAAAAACGGCAAACAUAAUACAUAUAGAAAAUUUGAAACCUUAUACAAAGUAUAGGUUUCGCGUGGCCAUUCUCUUGUCGGGUCGUGGUGGAACCGGCGAACCAGUAUACUCGGCGCCAUCAGUAGUAAUAUCUACUUUAGACAGCGGUAAGCCAAGUUCGACGCCGACCGCCUUACGCGCAGCUGCGCUUGACCCCAGCCGCGUUGCGAUAUCUUGGGAGCCCGGCCCGUUUCCCAAUGGACCUCUCAUAUCCUACGUACUGAGAUUGACCGACACUGAACCCAACACUAAUGAUGCGUUGGAGGAUAUGCCAGCCUCAAACAACACGCUGUUUUAUAUGUUCCAAAACUUGGCCCCGGCCCGUGAAUACGAAGUGUCUGUAGCGAUGCGCAAUGCCGUGGGAGAGGGUCCUAGAGCGUACGCUAGGAUAUCGACGCCCCCUCUGCCAACAUCAGUUCCUAGUCAACAGCCUAUUUUAAUUCUGGGAGGAGAGCACAAUAUUCUAGCAGCACCCGCAAACGACAUGCUCUCGGACCCGGUUGAGCUUUAUAGCACUGACCAUACUAUUACAGGCGUCGGCUUGGAUAUAUCCAGUGACUCCAUUUUUAUCUCAGUUUCUAACGGCUUCGUAUACAGAAGUUCCCUCUCAAGAAGGAGCGUGUCAGAAUCAAUAUUUACACCCAAGGAUAUUACUUACAAACCUCUAGAUCUAUCUAUAGAUUGGCUAAACCGGCAUCUAUACAUCCUUGGUGAAGUUUACUAUGCGAAAGAAGGUUUAUCUAACAUAUCUUUGAUCUCUAACUGGGAGAUUAUACGGUGCGACUUCGAUGGCAAAAAUCAGAUUGUCGCUCUAUCUGGUUUCAAUACUCGACCAAUACAUUUUGAAGUUGACGCUUAUAAUGGUUACUUAUUCUGGGCUCUGCGGGGAGUGGAGCGCGGCGGGCUGUACAGAUUAGACUUAGCAAAUAUUUCAAACGGAGUGCACCACGACGCGCCUCCAGAAAUCAUUGUAAGAGACGCUCAUCUCGGUGCCUUCACCGUGGACCAUGCGGACUUCAGAAUACUUGUGGCACAUCUCAGAAGAAACACUGUUCUUGCAGUCUCUUUAGACGGACGCGAAGUAAACGAUUUCCGCAGUAACACUCAGACACCAAUGUUCCAAUCAACGCGGUCUAUAGCAUACGCAGGUGGGCUCUUCUACUGGACCAACGGCAACGAAAUGCUUACAGAAGAAUACCACGCAAAGAGCGAUAGUUACUUCCACAAUGAGUAUCCUUUGGCGUACAAUACCAAAACAAUAAAGACAAGGCAAGUUCUAGUGGCGUUAAGAAGUUGCCAGCCGAUACCUGUCCCCGUAAACCCGCCUCUAGGAGUUCAGAGUGUAAUGGGAAUCAAUCGAGCAAAGGUUUCCUGGUCGUCUCCGCAUCUUUUAGGGCAUCAAGGAAGUGGCGCCUGGCAGCAGUGGACAUUUCAUUUGCAGCUUACGCAAAUAUCUACUGGAGAGACAAUUAAUUUAACCAAUAUCACUGAACCGCUUUACAUAGUUGAAAGCCUGAAGCAAGAUACAGAAUAUAUGAUCAGAGUGGCAGCUGUUACCGAAUCGGGUUCAGGUCCUUGGUCUUCGGAAUUUGUUGGCAGAACUUUACCGUCAUCGCCAACUACCCUGCAAAGCACUUUGUUGUGGUCGGGUCCAGAUGGGCUUCUGCAAACUGAUUUAACUGGAGAUAAUUUGCAAACACUAAUUCAUAGGGCCCAUCUGAGGUAUUUCCAUAUAACCGACAUAUCGUGGUACCGCGACAAACUCUACUUAGUAACCAAUGCUUCAACUGUGCUGUGGUACAACACGACUUCACAUGAAAAAGAACUCAUGAUAAACAUGGACAACGUUGGAAGCUUAGCCGUAGACUGGGUUGGAAAGAAAAUAUAUUGGUCAAAUCCAAAACAGCAGCUGAUAACAAGAGGAAAUUUCGACGGAACUAAUAGAGAACCGGUUCCAAUUGUGACUGUAGCUAAGGAACUAACUAUAGAUUCAUUAGGAGCGUAUAUUUACUGGAGCACUGGUCAUGCGGUCGAAGCCGCCAGACUAAAUGGCGAGAAUAAAACGGUUUACUAUCCCGCACAGCUAUUCAGUGGUAAACAAGUAAUGGGCGUUACAGCAGAUCUGGAAGAAAAGUGGCUCUAUUGGUUGGUGCGAAGUUACGACGGAUCUGAGUUGCACAGAGCGCGCACUGCCGAUCAGUUUUCUUAUGGUGUUACAGAGGUAUCAAGUUCCCUAGUAGCUCGUCUUCCCGGCACCGCAACGCUCGGGCCGCUGUGUUACUUCAGCGGCAGACUGGUGUGGGUGCAGGACGCCUCGCGUGCCGUGGUGUCAGACCUCGCUGGGAAGUAUACAGCCGAACUUGUGCCCAGGGUACAUGUUAUAGCUGUCAGAGAUCCUACCCUACAUGCGGACAGUGAAUCUUUAAUCGCCAUUCCGGAGACGAUAAAUUCGUCUUCAAUAGCGGUGUCGGGCGAGUGGGACAGGUUCAACGUGACGUGGGCACCCGCCAGCCGCGUCAACAUCAAUAACAGCCGCGUCUACUACGACGUCAGCCUCAAUUUCCUCGGACAGUACAAAAUCGAAAGGACGGUGGAUGUGGCUUACUUGGAGGUGGUGUCAGUGCAAGCGGCGCCGUACAGCGCGCUGGAGGUGUCGGUGCGCGCGCACUCGCCGUGGGGCGGCGGCGGCGCGGCGCGCGCGCGGGCACACUCCCCACAGGCGACGCCCGCGCCGCCGCACGCGCCCCGGCUCCGAGUGCAGCCGGCGCGCAGUGGUGGGCUACCAUCAGCGAUAUUCCGUUGGGCGGCGCCGCUACGCGCAAACGGUGUAAUACGCGGAUACGAAGUGCAAUGUUGGGCGGUGAGCGAGUCUGCGGCCUCCGCUAAACCCUCUGCGUGUGCCGACGCGCGCCUCUCGCCUGCGCACACGCAGCUCAUGCUACGCGACCUCGUACCCGCCACUACUUACUAUUUUCGAGUUCGAGCUUACACAGACGCCGGAUUUGGCCCAUACUCCGAAGAGGUUUCCGCAUCCUCUGACGACAUCAACCCUAUUCCAAAAGUUAUGAUAUCUUCACAAGAAUUCUUCAAAAUUAUUGACUUGGAUUCAGGAGAAAGUGAAACCGUUCCUAAAAGCACCGGAAUACCAGUAGAUUUUGCGGUCUCCGUUGAAGAAAAUAUAGUUUACUGGAUUAAUGAUUUGGAGGAAAUAUUUACAUCAAGAAUCAACGGUAGUGGUCAUUAUAAGUUAACAUCAAUUAACGGUUCCGCAACAAGUAUUUGUGUAGACUGGGUUAGCCGCUCGGUGUAUUGGACUCAAUUAGAAAUCACGCCUCUUGAAUCCUACGUAACUUAUAGAGCUGAUCUCGGGAUACCUAACACUAGGCCACGUGUCACCCGAGUGUUUAGCAGGAAGAAACCUGUUUAUAGUUUGCAAAUUGCUCCACUUCAUAUGUCCUUGUUUUGGUAUGAGGAAAGCGGACAUCCCGGCUUAGGUACAUUAAUGACUUCACACAUAAACGGUUCUAAUAUUAGAACAUUUUUCAAUCGCUCCAAUGCUGAAACUAAAAGUAAUUGCAAUUGUCCCGGGAACCCACAAGUAUCAAAAACGUUUGUACUCGACAUGACAAAAGACCAUCACGAACUUUACUGGGUGGAGCCCUGGGUACAUCACAUAAUGGCCAGUGAUCUGCAAGGAUGCCAUUGCAGAGUGGUAGUGGACGCUACAGAGAAAAAGAAAUACGGUUUUACCCCCAUGUCCAUAGCCAUCGACAGCAAAUAUGUCUACUGGUACAACUCCACCGAAAAAGAAAUAUUCUACACUAACAAAAAUAAGAAAACCAAAAUUGAUCAUGUCAAGACUUCGUACGGAUACAAAAUGAUGGCUUUGGACUCUGGUAACCAACGUUAUCCGCCUAAAAAUUGCUUGUUCCCUGCUGUCGAAAAUUUACAUCCGAAAGUUGUAUCAAAUUCCGCAUAUAGUUUAACUUUGAAAAUGCCCGACAUACAGAAGCCAAGACAUUGUCGCAAUUUAAAAUAUGAGAUGCCACUUAUAGAGUAUACCAUAUAUUACACAAUUCACAAAGAUAAUGAUACCAAUGGUUGUGAUAAAGAGAGUUGCCCUUACGUCGUAACUACUAACCCAGUAACGGUUUUGGGAGACUUAAAACCCUUCACAAAUUACACUGUUUUAUUAGAAGCUACAAAUUACUACGGAAAGCUGCAUGAAGUUAAACCACUGGUUGGUUCUCUAAUGGUACUGCAGACAGCCGCCGAAGCUCCAAUGGCGCCGAAAAACGUGAGAGGCACUGUAUUAAGCCCGGUGCUAGCUUUAGUGGAAUGGACGCCUGAGCCAGGCUUACGUUAUGAAGUACAUUGGCGUACGGUCGAAUCGCCUAAUAAGCCCAAUAACUUUAAAGAGCACAACACGUUCGAAGUGCGAGAGGGCGGUCGCGCGAACCUGACGCGUCUGUCGCCGAGCACGCAGUACAGCGUGUGGGUGCGCGCGCGCUCGGCGCACAGCGCGGAGGGCGCGGACUCGCCGCCGCUGCGCCUCGCCACGCCCGCGCUGCCCGCGCCGCUGCGGCUCGCGCGCGCCACAUCCACCGCACUCUUCGUCCACUGGACGCCGCCAUCGCCACGUGACAGACUUUUCCGAUUUAAAAUCGAAUAUAUAGAAGCCUCCAAUCCAACCGGGAAAUGGUUGAAUUGUUCUCGAGGGGACCGCGACGAGUGGAUCGCCAGCGCUCUCCGGCCGUGUACCCGCUAUCGCUUCCGAUUGCAUUUGCUCUAUACCGCCAAUGCGCCGCCUUAUUAUUGGCCCGAGGAUGACAGUUUUAUCUACGAAACUCUUGGCGACGUGCCGGGCGCGCCGGGCGGCGUGCUGGUGGAGGCGGUGGGCGAGCGAGCGGUGCGCGCGUGGUGGGCCGAGCCCGACGCGCGCGGCGCCCCGCUCACCGCGUACCGCGUGUGGGGCGCGCGGCCGCACAGACCAGCUUACGUGAAUGAGAAUACGACUAAAAAUUUAAGUGAACUGCUACCGCCGAAUCUUCCAUCCGACAUCGACGACGAAAUGAAGAUGCUCAUCGUACAAGAGGGAUUGGAACUACUCCACAACGGAACACAAUCCUAUUGGUUGAUUGGCGCGGGGGAAGUGCCUGAAGGAUACAUAGUGCGAGUGCAGGCGCGUAACGCUCACGGCUGGGGGGAGCUGUCCCCCCCGCGGGUGCUCACGGCGCCGGCCCCGCGCCCCGCGCGACCUCCCCCGCUCGCACUUGCAGCACUAUUGGCCUUAGCUGCACUACUUGCUCUGGCACUGGCCCUUGCUGCUGCUGUCUUCUACGCUUACAACCAUCGAACAAAAAAGAAGGCCGCCGUCGAGAUGCAAAACCAAAUAAACGUGCCCAGACCAGAUAUGGAACUCGCUACCCUUAGACAAUUACCUAUAAGACAUUCCACUAAUAUUCUGUAUAAUCAGGGUGUACAUUGUCCGACGGACGCUGAGCUGGCCAGCCUGCCUCACAUUCGCCGAGAGCAAAUAACGCUAACGAAAUUCUUAGGCUCCGGGGCUUUCGGGGAGGUGUUCGAAGGCAUCGCCAGACAACUUAACGGAAACACUGCAGACACCAAGGUUGCUGUUAAAACGUUACGGAAAGGUGCCACUGAUCAGGAAAAAACAGAAUUCUUGAAAGAAGCGGCGCUCAUGUCUAAUUUUAAACACGAGCAUAUUCUACGGCUUCUGGGGGUGUGCCUCGACAACGACCCUAAUUACAUAAUUAUGGAACUCAUGGAAGGAGGCGAUUUACUGAGCUAUUUGAGAGCUAAGAGGGCUUCUUUGUACACACCCGAAUCUUUAACAUUACUGGAUCUGCUAAACAUGUGCGUGGACGUGACUAAAGGCUGCAGAUACCUCGAGGAGAUGCACUUCGUCCACCGCGACCUCGCCUGCCGCAACUGCCUGGUGGCUCAUCGCGCCAACGGACGAGUAGUUAAGAUAGGCGACUUCGGACUCGCUAGAGAUAUUUAUAAGAAUGAUUACUACAGGAAGGAAGGAGAAGGAUUGCUGCCAGUGCGAUGGAUGGCAGUGGAAUGUCUAGUCGAUGGAGUGUUCUCGUGCCAAUCGGACGUUUGGGCAUGGGGCGUUUUAUGUUGGGAGAUAUUAUCCCUGGGUCAGCAACCAUACCCGGCGCGGACUAACCGGCAAGUGCUGGCGUACGUCCGAGCUGGAGGAACACCUGACAGACCGCCAAACUGCCCUUCAGUGUUAUACGAGUUGCUGCAGAAGUGCUGGAGCUACCGCGCGGAGGAGCGGCCGUCGUUCCGGUCGUGCCUGGAGGUGGUGGCGGCGCUGCGCGACAAGACCUCGCCCAACAUCACGCUCACCGCCACUCCCGCGCCGCCGCCACACUACCUCACGCUACUCGGAGAUGACGCCAUCGACAACCGCACGUACCUGCUGGACGAGAACGACAACGCCUGCGUAGACGAAGACUACCCCGAGCAGCAGAUGGAGCCGUCGCACCUGCUGCCGGAGCGCGCGCCCAAGUACCUGGAGCUGAUGUACGGCAGCUCGUCGGACGGCACGGUGUGCGGGGCGCCGUGUGACGGGUACGAGGUGCCGCGCAGCCCGUCGUGCGGCGCGGCGUUCUCGCGGCACAGCGUCGUGGGCGUGGCGCCGGGGCGGCUGGUGUCGCCGGGGCGGCUGGUGUCGCCGGCGCUGCUGCGCUCGCAGUCGCUGCGGGCGGCGCGCAGCCCGCGGGCGCACGCGACGGUCGUGCCGCUGCGCAACUCCCGCGCCAAGCGCGCCUCGCUGUGCGACGCCCCGCAGCACGCCCACCACCCGCACCGCCCGCACCGAGACAUACACUUCCAGUUCGACAAACACAUAUUCAAGACUCCAUUUUAAUCUGUGAUAUUUACGAAUCUCUUCACGUUGUGUACAUUUGUCCACCGAUUAUUAUCUAUAAGUUAAUAUUUAAAAUUAUUUAUUAUUAUUGAAUGCCUGUAAAUAAAUUUUGUAGUCAACGUUGUAUAUAUUAGAAUAACUUUAUGUUGAGGCUUGGGCCGCAUAAAAAUCUCAUUAUCGUAAAAUAUUUUCAUAGCGAAGGCCUUCACUUCAGUCAAUUGCCUGAAAUUACAUGAUAAAUAUGACUGGGUGCAUGGUAUUUUAUAUGUAGAUUAAGAUGUUUAUGUAUAUCAUGUAAAUGGGUACCGAGGACGAUAUUAAGGCCGAUAGGCGAUGCUUAUUGCAUGUGGGUGUUUACUUGUUGAAAAUCGAAACGAUGUUUCAAAGUUAAUUGUAUUUUAUGAUAGAAUAAAUAGUAAUUAUUAUUGCCGAACUAUGUACAGUUGCGUAGAAAUAUGUGCAGUAUAAAAAGUCGAAACUUGAUCAUCGUGUAUAUGACCUACAAUGGAAUAAGCUAUGUAAAACAUUUUGGGUUCAGUUAUUCAUAACGAUUUCUGUACUAAUAACAACACUCUGUGUUGUACAUCUUUUCGAUUUUCGCCAUAACCCAAAGGAAAAAAUAUUCCUACAGAUCUGAGUAUCCUCCUGAGUAGAGUAGAAUUAUGAUAUUUCUUCCGCCAAGCGGCUGUGGCCAUAUAGUGUUGGGUUCUGGUUCGAAUUGAUAAGUAAAAAUUCUGGGUAUUAGUUGAUUAGCAUACGGCGCAAAAGUGCAUCGUCAUACGGAAUUAAAUUUCAUGUAAUAAAGCCACAUAUAAACCGCAGACUGCACACAACACUGCACCGUGUGUUGACUAGUAUAGCGACAAAAUAUCGAUGCAUUUAAUAUUGUGAGCCAUGUAAUUAAUAUUUCGAAAAACUAUGGAAUAUAUAAAAGUAAAGAGAUUGAUACAUU